AUGGAAUUAGACUAUGGCGCAUACAAUCUCCCUCUCACUCCGAUCCCCGAGCUGCUGCCCUCCACCGCCGGCCCUCCUUCAUCAGAAAAUGAAGCCCAACUAAUCGUUGCUGCCAUCGCGGACGCCCAAAAGAAGCUGAACGACCUGGAAGCGCACAUCACGGCCCUGCAGCAUCAGGGCGCAAAGCUGCGGCACUUCAUCUCCCAGCACAACUCCAUCCUGGCUCCAAUCAGGCGUGUUCCGAACGAGAUUCUGACGGAGGUGUUCAGAGUCUGCGUCGACCAGGACGCGCGCAGGGAACGUCGGCGUGUGCCGUGGACGAUCACCUGGGUCUGUGCGCGCUGGCGGGCCGUGGCGCUCAACGCCCCGCAUCUCUGGCGCUCCGUUUCGAUUUUCGUCGGCGGGUACGAUCAUGCGGCGCCGGGACCCGGCAAGCUCGAGACCCAGCUGGCGCGGGCUGGUGCGGUGCCUCUCUCGGUCCACGUCCACUCCAACGUCGAGAUUGGGGAGCUGUACCCGUUCGAACCUAUAUACGAGACGUGCCGGAGGUGGGAGCUCGCGUCGAUCACUGGCGAAUCGAUAACGGGGUCCAUUCUGAAUCGUGUUUUUGCGCCGCCCUCAAACUCAUUCUCUCUGCUGCGAUCACUCCGCAUACAAACGACUUCGUGGAUGGUGACUGCGCCGACUCGUGCCUCGUUCCCCGCACUCCGUUCGGUGGAUUUCGCCAUGCGCAAACAGCUUUUCCCGCGCCAUUUUAUCGUGCCGUGGCACCAGCUGGAGAUGGGUCGUUUCGAGCAGAUGGAUCUCAUCGACGUGUUGUGGAUAUGCAGCCAGGUCUCCCCCAUUUUUCUGCUCCAUCUGGAUAACAGCAAGCUGACCUGGAAGCGCCUUGGCCUCCCCGACCAAGUCACCUGCGCCGCAGGGCGGAUCAAACUUACUAAUUACCGACGCCUGUUCUUUAGUGAGCUGCUGGGUCGGCUACGGGCGCCGGAUUUGACCGAGAUGAGUCUCGAAUACAUCCACGCGCAUGCUGGUCAAGGGCGCGAAUUCGCGCAGAUUCUGGUUGAUUUCUUUGCUGUCUCUGGCUGUGCUCUGCGGAAAUUGUGCAUCGAUGGGCCGCUGAAGGAACUGUAUCUCGUUAGGAUUCUCACGAGCCCGUCGGCGGAAACUGUCGUCGAUCUGGACUGCCCCCUUUGCUCUGUCUCAGACCGCGCAGUCGGUCAGAUUAGAAAUUUGUUACCUCAUCUUGUCCGCUUCAGAUAUAACGCGGUUCCCUCAUGA